AUGUCUACAUUCCGACAUCAGUCCCUUUCCACCGGAAACGGCGAUUCCUCUCGAGGUGCCUAUUCCCCCGCAAGUUCCACGGGGAACCUUGGCCUGGCUGAACAGUUCCGCUGCGAAGCCGCCGACUAUGUAUGCCUGGAUAUCGCAAAACUGGCCCCGCGUCCCAAUUUCUCGUCUCUGCCGGGGCUUUGGACUUCCUCGAUGCCGAUCGUUCACGCGGGCCGUAAACACUGGAUGGACGAGUACAUUGACCCCUUUAUUCCUCGCCGACACAUGUUUCUCCUCGGCCUGAAGUCGGGUCAUCUCCUCGUCGACUACGUUGAGGGAGAUCAAGGCACCCCGACCAUAAAAGCACGGCCACCUCUUCCGGAGGAGAAGAAACGAAACCCCAUGCAAGAGUAUGUCUGA